AUGAAUAUUUUAACAUCAUAAAUAUAAUAACCAAAGCCUGAGAUUCUAGAAAUGGUUUGCCAAAUUCAUAAACGUGAGAUAGUUGCUCUAGAUUUGGACACAUCAGAAAAAGGUUAAUUAUAAUAUAUGUGCAGUAAUUGUUUAGUAGAGAAAAUUAACAAUAACAAAAUUUCAACUAUUGAUUAGACAAAAGAAAGAAUUUAAUCUUUUAAGACCUAAAAAUAAGAAAAUAAGACAAAAUAGAUUCAAUAAAGGUUGGAUUACUUCAAAAAAAUACUUGAUUAAAUCAUGGAAUACAAAUGUAAUGUUGAAAAUACUUUAGAAAAGAUCUAUAGUCAAAUCAAAGCCCAAAUCUUUACAAUUUAAAAAGAAAAAGAAUCAUUAUUAGAAAAUUGUUAAAUAUUGCACAAUUUCCAAGAAGAUGUUAAAUCAUUAUCUGAAUUUAUUUCAACAGAUUCUUAAGAUAAUUAAAUGGAAUUUUAAUAAGAUAGUUAAUUUAUUGA